AUGCUCUUACCCUCAACAAAACACUGUAGUCUGUCCCUUCGAACCCUCCCAUCACCAUUCUCAACUACCAUGAUCACCCCCUGGAAUGAAGGCACGCACUCCGCCCUCGUCCCACUACCAGGACCCGAAACCGGACCCUCCCUCUUCCUCUCCGCCGUCGGCCCCGAACGCCAGCAAUCCAACGGCACCCUCGCGCCCGCCGUGAUCAUCGAAGCCGGCCUCGGCAGCUCGCAUGUGGAAUGGGUCGCGGUGCAGGGCCUGCUCGCCGCGCGGGCGCGCGUCUACACCUACGACCGGGCCGGCUACGGGCGCAGCCCGCCCUCCCCGCUGGCGCCGACAGCGCACAACCGCGUCCACGAGCUGACGCAGCUGCUCGACGCGGCGCAGAUCCCGCCGCCGUACGUCCUGGUUGGCCACUCCUACGGCGGGGUCCUGGUCCGCGAGUUCCUGCGCCAACGCGGCCGCGACGUCGUCGUCGGCAUGGUGAUCGUCGAUUCGCCGCGGGCGCAAACCCCCUUACCUCCGGAUUGGCCGAGUUUGAUGGGGGAGUCGGAUUACUAUGCCAUUGUGGGGCUGGACGAGAAUGUUGCGGUGGCACCGGAGGAGUAUCAGGCGAUUAAGGAGGAUGAAGUCAGGAACCGGGCGACGGCGGAGGCGGAGUUGGCGCUGAUUGCGGCGGGGACCAAGGACUUGAAUGAGGCGAUCCCCGAGGGGAUGCAAGCGCUUGGGGAUGGAAGGUUGAGUGUGAUUUUUGCGAAUGAGUCCGUGGAUUUUGGAAAGGUUUAUGCUUAUGGGGUGGAACAUGGGCAUGGCACGGAGGAUGCGCGGCGGCACCUGGCGGAGCGGUUGGCGGUCAUGGAGGAGAUGGAUGAGCGAGGGCAACGGGCGCAUCUGUCGCUGUCGAGUCGGAGUCGGUUUGUGUAUGCGAAAGGAAAGGCGAGGACGCAUAAUUUGCAGUUCGUUGCACCGGAGGUGAUUCGGGAUGAGGUGUUUUGGGUCCUGGGGUUGGUGGAUUGAGGGUUCUUGGAGAUUCUGGCUGGGCCUGGAUGAUAUUUUAGGGCUGAUCAGUCGCGCACUGUUGCAUUGCGCCCUACACUGCUGGAAUAGUCCUUAUGCCUUGCAAAAUUGUCGAGGUGGAGACAAACUAUAUGGUGAAAGAUGCAACAUAGCUAUAGUUAAGAACGGAGCGAGGUUGCUCGAGAGCAUUCUGACCUGCUUGCCUUGUGAAGAGCAUUUCCGUUCAUCCAGGUCGGAAAAAAAGCAGACAUACUUUCAAUCCCAUAGUAUCCC